AGUUCAAGCAGUACGAAGAGGAGGUAAUAUGAAGAGAAUGAGAGGCAAUUAAGAAAGCUGGCGAAGUUGAUGAUCAGAGUAAAGUUCUUAAUUAGACUGUUAGAAAAGUAGAGCGAAAAGUUCGAUUGUUCGUUAAUCCUGUUCUUGGUACAUGAGUUAAUUUCUAGUAAAUUCUCUGUAAGACAAAUUAUACCAAUGGACCACGUUGCGGAUUCGCGUGGACGAGAGGCGAUGCUACCCGAUCAUAGUGGUAUCAGCAGUAGUGUUGCGUGCUGCAACGUAAACUUGACGUCGGUAGACUCGGGAGUAGAAACCGGGAAUGAUUCGAACGACAGCUCGAUCGUCCAGCAGGAGGGUCAGCAGCAGCAAGUCGUUGCUAGUCAGGUCAUCAGUAACUGCGUCACAGCAAUUCCAUCGGAGAGUCAGCUCGUCAAUAACUGCGUCACAGCAAUUCCAUCGGAGAGUCAGCUCAUCAAUAACUGCGUCACAGCAAUUCCAUCGGAGAGUCAGCUCAUCAAUAACUGUGUCACAGCAAUUCCAUCGGAGAGUCAGCUCAUCAAUACCUGCUCCACAGCAAUUCCAUCGGAGAGUCAGCUCAUCAAAAACGGCAUCACAGCAUUUCCAGUAAAUAGUCAGCUCAUGAGUGAUGGCGCCGAUCCCAAUUUAAUUGGAGAGUUUCCCAGUCUGCACAUGUACGAUUGGCCCUCUUUAAUGCAUCCUCUGUUUGUUUCUGAUGAGAGCAGAAGGACCUCGCCCGAGGUCACUGUAAUGUUGCAAAAGAACAGGCUACUUAAAAUCAAUGCCGAGACCUUAGAAAUAAUACGGAAUAAACACAAGAUUAGCGAAUUAUCGACAUCCUCUGAUAUAUACCGCCCUAAAAUAAGAGUACGUGUCCUUCGUACAUGGCGUAAAAAUAUGAAUACCCAAGCUGUAGCCUGGAAUGAUUUGCAAACCGAACGUAUUCAACGAAGGAUGCGGUUGGCUGCUACAACGAAUAAUGUAUCUUUGAUGAAAAGACUUUUGGAAUUUGGCGUAUCACCUAACAAUCAUGACGAUCAUGGACGAACUCCCCUUCAUAUUUCAGCUUGCAGGGGUUAUACAGAAAUAGUUCGUUUAUUGCUGGAAAAUGGUGCAGACCCGAAUCAGCGCGACUGUAUUGGAAACACGCCGUUGCAUCUAGCCACGGUUAACAGCAAACUAUCAGUAGUGACACUACUCUUAACAGCUGGUACUGAUGUUCUCGCAUUAGAUUCAUAUGGUUACAAUCCACUGCAACUAGCGAAAACGAAAUUAAGGAUUUUACAACGAAACUUUAAUAGUGAGGAUAUGCUUGAGAUCAAGGAAGAGAUGCAUAAUGUAAUUAAUAUGUUGAUGGCAUAUCUGCAAAAGCAAAAGAAUAUGCGAGAACAGGUAGAAACGUUGAGCAAUUUUUGCUCACGUCUUUCCUUAUCCAAUACCUCGGAUCAGGUUCAGGAUAAUGUUAAAGAUUUACUGGCAAACAUAAAUGCUCUUAGUAUAACUGAUUAGUCAAGUAUAACUGAUUAAUCACAAAUAAGAUACGCUAUUGUAAUAUUA